AUGUAAUAAAUGGAAGAGGAAGAAUAAUAAGAAUAAUUAUUAAACUUAGGUUCUUUGUAUGGUAUAAAUUGAUAUUAUAUUAAAUAGUAUUCUAAAGAAUAAGAGAAACUUAAAGAAAUUAUGGAUUACAACAUGGAGAUUAUUAAAGAUAUAGGACAUAUUGUUAUAAUAAAAUAAACAAAUUAAGACGUUAAAUGUAAUUUACUCAUGGAAAGAGAUUUUAAAAGAAAGUGAUUUAAGAUGUGGUCAAGGUAUAAUAAAAAUAUUGAAAUUAGAAUGAUCCACGUGUUUUAUAAGUAUUAUUAUAUUAAGCUGAAAAGAAUUGGGCACAUGCUAUGACUUUAAAAUAAUUGAUUAAUAGUGGAGUCAAUAAGAAAAUAAAUAAAAGAUAAGUUAAAGUUUAUUUGGUUAAGAAAUUUAAAAGAGCUAUUUAAUAUUCUAAAUAAUUAACUACUAUUUGUGAAUAAAGAACUGAAAAAAGAACAUCUUUAGAAUCAGAAGCAUAUACUUGGUAUUUAUAAGGAUUGUAUCAUUUUGAAACAGAAAAAUGGGAAAAAGCAUUAGAAUCAUUUGCUAAAUGUUAUACUAUUUAUGAAUAAAUAAUAAAAGUAUGUGAUUAAUUUAGUUCUGGUGUAUAUUAAGAAAGAUUAGAAUAAUUAAAUCAAUAAAUAAGAUAUUGUAAUGCUAAAGCAAAGAGAUUAGCUACAUUAUCUGCUGAUGAAUUAACUAAAAUGUUAAAAGAUCAAAGUGAUCCUAUUAUGAUUGCUAAAUUCCAAGAAAUGCUUGAAGAAUAAAGAUAAGCUAAGAUGACUUAAUAAUAAGGUGUUUUUGAAAUUGAAUAUUAAGAUUCUAAAUUACCAAUAAAAAAUGAAAAGGUAGUUAAAUUAAUUCUUAAAAUUCAAGAAAGUAAACUAAUAGGUGAUAUGGAUUCAUUUACUACUUUGUUUUCACUUUAUGAUGAAGCAUCAAAAUAUGUUAAGAUAGAUAAGGAUUAAUCAACAUCUGAAUAAGAAAAGGAAAUACACACUAAAGUUUUAGGUUAUAUCAAUUAUUAAAGAUAAUCUGCAACACUUGAUAGAAAUGAAAUGCAUAUUAAAUAAUAUACUGAAAAAUUCAUAAAAGAAGAUGGAGUCAAUAAUCUUUAAAAUCUAUAAACUAAAAAGGCACUUAAAUUAAAAUUAACUACUCCAUAAGAAAUUAUUAAAUAUUGUGAUAAUUAUUCCUAAAUUUUAAGAUAAAUAAUGGAUGAAGAACGUUUUAAUAAAGAUAUUACAUUAUUCAAAAUUUUAGAUGCAAAAGAAUUCUUUUGUAAAGCACUUAGAUGUUUCUUUGUUGGCUGUCUAUAUUUUACUAAUGAAAAGUAUAGAGAAGCUUAUAGUUUAUUGAAAUAUCAUGAUGAUUUAUCAAGAAUAGCUGAUAGAAAAUACACAGAAAAUAAAUUGGAACCUCAUGCUUUAUUAAAAUUACUUAUUCCAUUAUCAAUAUAAAUAUAAAAUAAGAGUAAAUUAAAUGGAUUAAAACUAUAAUAAGAAUAAGUUAAAAUAAUUGGAUAAGAAAUUCAAAAUAUUGGAUUAGAGGAUAAAUAAAAUUGCAAAACUUUAUUUGAAUUAUUAGAAUCUCCUGAAUAAAUUACUUUAGAUAAUGUUUUAUUAUAUAAACCAGCUGAUUUAGUUUCUUUAAUGCAACCAAUUCCACCUAAACCAAUUUAAUUAGAUAUUGUAAUUCAAUUAUUUUAUUAUGAUAGGCACAUUCAUACUUAAUCUAUCCAACAUUAGAAGAACAAAAGAAAGGUGGAUUUUGGGGUAAAUUAAACAUUUUUAAAAAACAAUGAGU